AAACCCCCUACGAAAGUUUACCUAAGCCACCAACAUCGACCAAUCUUCUCCCCAACACAUCGUUAUUGGUUUGGUUGACACAUAGAACAAAUCUUUCAACUCACGUGAAAGGACGUUUAGAAUUGAGACAGCGUCGGCACUUAAGACAGUCUUGAAGGCGGUGAGGAGUUCAAUACUUGAGAUGGAUCUCUGGGGGUGUCACGAGUCGAUAGCCCAGGUGCCUGAUUGCGCGCCUUUUAUAUAAGUUGCGCAUUUCGUGCUUUUGACGCUGAGAGGAAGAGGAAGAAGGCGGGAGAAACGAAGAAAAGUGACGCGACCAGAACGACGGAGUAGGAGAAGCAGAAAAAGAAGCGAGGGGGAGGGAGGUGGGGAAGAAGAUAGUGAGGAGACAGCGGGAAGAGGGAUUAAGAAGGAAAGAGAACGAGAAAGAUUCGGAGAAGAAGAAAGAAGAGCCAACAAGAAGGAGGAUCAUACGAAGUAGAAGAAAGGAAGAGAAGGUGGAGAAAUGGAGGCAUACAGGCCUCUUCCUUACUUGUAUCUUGGGAGUUUAUCCGUGUGGAUGGUGGUGGGGUUGUUGUGGACUGUCAAUACAUGGAGGAGACGACAUUUCCAGAAAAACCAUCUGCAGUGGAUACUUGCUUGUGUUCCUAUGAUCAAAGUUUCCCAGAUUGGACUCUCCUAUUUGUUUUGGUAUUCAUGCUUCAAUCUGCAGACUUGUUCUCUAUGGGUAUCGUUUGGGGUGUUUGUAACUGGAAUAUGCUUUCGUAUGGCUUGCUUUGUCUCAUUUCUCCUCAUUUCCCAUGGUUAUUGCAUAAUGUCUGAGCGGCUUUCAGUAGUUGAAUGGCGUCUUACUGCUAGCAUUGGAUUUUCGUUGUACCUGGCACUUGUUGGUUACAAAUCUGAGUUGCCUUACUUCACGGUCCUGCUGCUGCUUAUUUAUUUCAUGUCCUUUUACCUGAUAUUCCUCCACAUCUCUCAAAACCUUCUAGUGCUACGUCAACAACUAAACUUCUUGCAGUAUGAGGACAUUGAUAUCAUACAUGAUGCAGUUCAUACAAAAUACAUGAUGUUCACGAAGUUUCGGCGUGCAAUGCUAACAAUAGUUGUUGCAGAAAUUAUGCAGAUAUAUAUUGAUGCACAUUGGAUAGAAAAUAGUUUUUGGCUCCACCUGCUAAUUCGAGAGAUGGCAUUCUUUUGUAUACUUUUCUAUAUUGGAUGGACCUUUAGGUCACAGGAGGUGCCACUACAAUUCACCAUUAUGCCUCUGCUGAAGUUUGAGACAGAAAGGACUCUACCCCCCAUCUAUAGACUUGAAUUGAAUCCAGCAGAGUUUAAUAACUUGGAUCUCCAUGAAUGGCAUAUUGGAGUGCCGACUGGAUCUUCUGCAAAAUAUGGUGGAAACCCUCCAAACCAGUCGUUUGUUAUAGUGCAGCAUCCACAUGCAUCACACCAGUGCAGUUCCUUGACAACCAACCGAGAUAACCAGAUUUCUACUUGUUUCAAUCAAGACACUGCGUUCAUAGAUGAAAAAGCAAAGAACAAUUUCUCCAGAACUGCAUGAUAGUGUUACAAAUUUUUGUUCCAUGUACAUUGAUUCUGUUUUGCACAAAGAGCAAUUUCGGCAGUUCAAUUUGUGUAAUGUAAUGCUAUUAUUUAAUCUAAUGAGAAAUAUUUGUGCAAUAAAGUAUUGCUGAAUUUGUUCAAAAGAAAUAUAUGCUUUUU